CUCUCCCCUUUUCCCUUUUUUAGGCUUAACCCUUUUCCAAUAUUACACAACUACCCUCCACCCUCAUAUAUAAUUUUUUUUCUUAUUAUAAUUUUCAAUUAACAAUUAUAAUCAACCAAACCCUAGAAACUCAAAUCACAAAAUCGGUCAUCCAAAACUUAAUCAAACAUCAAAUUCAUCUUACAAUCAACUCAUACAUACAAAUCCCUCUGCCAAUUUCAACAAAAAGACUUGGGUUGAAUACACACACCAUGAGGUUUAAAAAGGGUAGCAAAGUGAAGGUCAUGAACAAGGAGGUUCGUGCAUCGUGUCAUGAUGAUCGACGGAUUCCAGCCGGGAAGGUUUUAAGAAACAGCAAAGUCGAACCAAGUUACUCUAUGACGAUUCGUCAAAAGAAAGUUGAUUGCUUGCCUGUCUACAACAAUAUUAGAUUUAAGAACUCGAAGAGGGCAUCCCCGUUUCGCUCAUCUAAUUACAAAGCUAAGAAAGUCAAACGUGCUGAGAAAGAUUGCGGUCGAAGUCAAAGUCAAAGGCAUUCAUUCGAAAAGGUAGAUGCUUUUGAGGGUAAGGAAUACACGCAAGAAUCCUUUAACUGUACUUUAAACGGUUAUUAUAAAACAGAGAACAAGAAAAGAAAAACAUACGAGUCUGAUAACGACCAAUGCUCUGUUGGUAGUUGUAGUGUUCUUAGUGACGGUUAUAAUAAUAAGUUAUCUAGUCAUUCCGAUGUAGACAUUCUGUCUAGCGACGGAGAGUCUUUUAGUACUUCACGGGUCGAACAUGAAGUUGCAGCAAGUGUUCAUAGGUUAGAGUUACAUGCAUAUCGUUCCACGUUGGAGGCGUUAUAUGCUUCUGGCCCAUUAAGUUGGGAAAAAGAAGCGGUAUUGACUAAUCUUCGUAUUAGUCUCCAUAUUUCAAAUGAUGAACAUUUGACGGAGCUAAAGCAUUUAAUUUCGUCUGGAUCCCGUAUUCUUGAUUAAAAGUGAACUUUUACGCAUCUUUUGGUUUUUUUUUUUUUUUUUUUUGCCGCUUUUAAGAUUAGGAUUCUUGUACAAUUUCAAUAAUGUUGUAAGAAGUAGCUUUCUUUCUGUAGUUGCAUAGACUUUUUAAAAUUUGUAAUUAGUAAUGCAAUGCAAUGUAAUCCAGUCUUGUAUGAGGUGAAAUUCAACAUUGAUGCUUUGGUUCAAAUCUUAUUAUAUAUUUUUAGGGUAAA